UGAUGGCGGGCGAUCGUGCGGAUAAGUUGGAAUACGAAUACGAGUGGGGAAAUAUUUUGUCCAGCCAGACUGUGUGUAAUACAAAUAUCAGCUAAACAAAAGUUUCCUCUGCUAGGCUAUACAACAGAGUGAAAUUUGAUACAGAGAGACCACAACAAGGGCUAUUGUAAACAGUAAAUCAGUGUAGUUAGUCAGUGCUAGAGCUGGCCGUAUCCUUAUAGUCGUGUUUGAGUGGCCCCAGACAACAGUUAUCGCUCUUAAUGAACGGUAAUUGCGAAAAAUCUUAAAUCAAUUUGACUAUAAUUACAUUUUAUAGCCGCCGUUAUCGUGGGCACUGCCUUUGGCUAUCUUCCCUUUGCGAAAUAUUGAUCUUGAACGGAUAGUGAACAAAACAUACGCGCGGCUUUUACGGCAGAUAAGCCCCUGGAAACUCCAAACAAUAAAGUGAGGUGAAACGCUAAUUAAAUGAGCAAAAAGCAGUGAGGCCAGUGCUAAUAAUACCCUUCCACGUGUGAUAAAGUGGAGAAAACCAACGUCUAGCCAUAACUGUUGUGCCUUUCCUUCUCGGCUAGUGUAAAUAUUGAUUGGCAGACCAAUUCGAGCGGCUCAUGCAAACAAAACAAAACAAAAAAUUUUAGCGAUAAGCUAAAUAAGCGGUUACUUUUCAAAUUCAAAUCGAAAGCUGCUGCAAAGAGAGGCGAGAAGAGAGCGCGAGCAUAAAAGCUUUCGCUUUAGGUCUAAACCUCCACCAUAAUAAGAGCCUUGCUGCGACAUCUUUCACAGACCGCGGAGAGCGAGAGUGCGUCGUCGGCGUGUGCGCAGAGUCGAAAUGAGCGCGACAGAGGCAAGCGCUCGAAAUGAAACCCAGCGACGUCGUAGCAUUGGCAGCGGUAGCCAAGCGAGCGCCAACAGCAGUGUGGGCGGAGAAGUGGCGGUGGUGCGGGAACAACCGGAGGGGGGCGGCCGUCGCACCGCCUGCCAGUGGCUGUGGCACGUCAUCACCUCUACGUCCGUGGAGCCGACCAUGUUCCUGUACAUGUUCGCCUUCAUGAUCACCUCCGUGGUGGAGCAGAACUUCUUCCUGUACAAGGCCUGUCGCGUGAACAACAACUUCAGCGAGGCGAUCUGCACCAACAUCCACAAGGCCGAGAACGAGGCGUACAAGAAGAAGUCACUGGACACCACCGCCUGGUUCCUGCAGUGGGAGAACAUCUCCGCCCACAUCUUCCCCAUCAUCCUGGCUCUGUUCCUCGGCUCCUUCUCGGAUCGUCGCGGCCGAAAGCUGCCGCUGCUAAUGGGCCUGGUGGGUAAGUUCAUCUACUCCACGAUGAUCGUGGUGAAUGCCAAGAUGCCGCACUGGCCGGUGCAGAACAUCAUCUACACGGCCACCCUGCCCUCGGCUCUGACGGGUGCCGAUGUGGCCAUUUUUGCGUCAUGCUUUGCGUACAUUUCGGACGUAUCCACGGUGGAGCAGCGCACGAUCCGCGUGACCAUUUUGGACGUGGUGUAUCUGAGUGCCAUGCCCACAGGCGUGGCCCUGGGCUCGCAUCUCUUCUACAACACCUUCCAUCAGUCCUAUGCGGACAUGUUUGCGGUCAACGCCUCCCUGCUGGCACUGGCCAUCCUAUACACUCUGUUCGCCCUGAAGUGGCAAACCACGUCCCGACAACGCUCGCUGAGGGAGUUGGGCUGCUGCGGCAUUUGGGGUGACUUUUUCGACAAGCAGCACGUUAAGGACUCGUUCAGCGUGCUGCUGAAGCCCCGCCGGGGCCAUCGACGCAGCUUCCUCAUCAUCCUGCUCGUCAGCAUGGCGCUGUACACAUUCCAGCGGGACGAGGGCAGCUACCUGUAUCUGUACACGCUGGACAAGUUCAAGUGGGAGGUGAGCUCCUUCAGCAGCUUCAAGACCUUCAAGUCGUCGGCCUAUGUGAUUGCCAUGCUCCUGGCGGUGCCGCUGAUGAAUAAGGUUCUGGGGUGGCGUGAUACGAUCAUCAUCUUCAUUGGUGCCUGGGCCCACUCGAUUGCCCGCCUGUUCUACUUCUUUGCUGCCACUCCGAAGCUGCUCUAUGCCGGGGCCGUGGUCUGCAGUCUGGGUCCGAUUGUGGGUCCCAUGAUUCGGGCCAUGACCUCAAAGAUAGUCCCCACUUCCGAGCGUGGCAAGGUCUUUGCCCUGCUCUCUGUGUGCGACAAUGCGGUGCCGUUCAUCAGUGGGGUCUGCUACUCGCAGAUCUAUCGCGCCAGCCUGGACGCCAACCACGGAGGGAGCGUCUUCAUGCUGACCAUCGCCACCCAGCUCACGGUCUUUCUUCUGAUACUAUGCAUUCACAUCGUUCUGGGUAAGCAUUCACUGGCCGUGCCCGAAGUGCCGGAGAAGGAGAGCGGCCUGAUCAACCCCAAUAACGAAACGGCCUUGGCGACGCCACAAGAGGAGGAAAAAUACUAGCUGGAAGCUGUCUCUCACUUGCCCUCUAAUUUUUUUUUGAAGCAAUAAAAUUACAUAGGUGA